GCAGUUCAUUUAGAGCUCUGGUAUUGAAAACAAGUAUUCAAUAAAGUUUUAAAAAAAAAGUGAAUUAAUUUUAAUAAUAAUUGCAAAUUUAUAAAGGCACAGAAUUUACUUGAAAUCGAUACGAAAUAAACAUUAAGUGUUUACUUAAUUUACAAUUAAAAUAAAAUGCAAAACUAUCUGCAUUCAGCUGUAACGACAACAAUCCUUACAAUGAUGGUAUUGAUAUAUUUAAUGACACUCCUUUUCGCAACUGUUGCUGCUGUACCAGUCUCGGUUAUGGUGGAAAACUCUGAAUUAUCCUCAGCCUCCAAUGCUCAGCAAUUACAAGAUCGUCAAGUGCAUAAUAAUAAGGACAAUUAUAGUGGUAAAAAUGAGGUCCUAUACAGUAAAGUGAAGCGUUCAAGUGAUACUUCUAAACAGAAUGAAGCUCUAACACAUCACCAGAACGUUAUUACUGAUGUUAAUAAAAAUAAAAAGAGUAGCCCGGAAAUAGUACCAGCCUCUUUUAAUAACAACAACAAACUUCCAGAAAUCUCUACCCCUGAAUCGAAACCUCAACAUCAACAAAAGUUUCCUUUGCAACAGCAUAGUAAUAGCGUUUCCUCUUAUAACGAUGACGACGAUGUAGCAAACAGUAAAAAUGAGUUGAUCAGUUCAAUAAUAGCGGCGCGCUUGGCAGCAGCUGCUGUUAAAGCGGAGCUUGAAAAUUUAAAGAAACAACGCCACCGUAACAAUAUUAGAAACGAAAACGCUAAUGACGAAUAUGAUGAUAAUGACGAUGAUCAUGCAGCUGUGAUUAAUAAACGUGGCGUCAAUAAUCAACAGUACUUAUAUGGUGCUAACAAUGAACCAUUGUUGUAUGAUAAUGCGGCCUAUUACAAUCCCUAUGGGGGAUAUAUGGCAGUAAAUGACGAUGGCCUCAACCGAGGGGUUUGGGGUGAAGAUCUAGACAAUGAUAAUAUAGUUUACACAGAUAUGGAUGAAUAUGAACCGCAGAGAGCAGUUCCAAAUUAUAAGAAGCAAGCUUAUGAUGAUUUGCAAAAUCUUUUAAAUGCUGAGUAUCACUUAGAUUCGGCGAUAUUACCGUACAACUAUGAACGUUACGCAGAUUUGGAAGCGGAGCGUAACAAAAAAGCUUAUAGAAUUUUCAGUGAAUUGGCCAGAAAUUAUCCAGAUAUGAGAAGACCUAAACGGGAUAAUAAACUUACACCUGCGGAUAUGUUGGCUUUGGUGGCUUUGGUUGAGGCAGGUGAACGUGCCCGAAAAGAGACCGAUCACGAUAGCACCAAUAGUUACAAUGGCUAUCCAAACGAAAACUAUGCACCUAAAGCUUAUGGUAUGACUCCGAAUGCAGGUUUUUACGAUUAUCCCGCAAUCGAUGAUAAUUUCGAUUAUAAUAACAAUAAUAAUAAUAAUAAUGAUAAUUGGAAUGACGCACCAGCGCUUGUAGAUUAUUAUGGAGCACCCGUAAAUAUGGAACCUUUACCUAAAUAUAAUUUAGCCUUAAAAGAAAAAGAGAAUCGUCAUCGUGACUAUAACGAUAACAUGCGAGCUCGUUACGGGAAGAAACGUUUGAUGGUCAACAACAAAAAGAAACGUUCACUAACUAAACCAUCUGCACUCUACAAAGCAAGAUAUUAAAUGCAAAAAAAGGAGAGAAAAAAAAAAUUCAAUUUUUAAAGAGAGAAAUUAUAAUCGAUGUCAACUUUUUAUGUGCAAUUAAUUUACAUAUACACAAGCAUAUGAAGCAUUUAAAAUGCUUUAC